UAGUUCUACUUCCUGUAACUUUAUGUUCUUCCUCUGUGUUCUCCUCUCAUCUUCACCAUCCUUCCUACAUUGGAGGCAGUGAAAGCGGCCGCAGCACCCCCAGCUUAUCCACUUACUCUGAUGGAAAAUCCCCGUCAUCUACUUCUACGUACGUGGCUGCUCCUCGCCAUUUCCACAUACCAGAGACUAUGGUCAAAGAUAAUAUCUAUAGAAAGCCCCCCAUCUACAGACAGCAUGCUUCUAGAACAUCCUGGCAGGAUGGGGAGGAUAGCAAGAGAACCAGCUGGAUGAUGUUGAAGAGUGAGAUGGACGGUCCGAUGGCUGAAGACCUGGAUCCCUGUAAAUCCACCUGCAGCCUCCCCACUAACGUGUCUCAGCCAAAUUUCCCCUACAGUAAGUCUGCUUCGCUGCCCGGCUAUGGAAGGAACGGCAUCUACAAGGCUGCUGAGAUGCUAGAAGAUGAUCCAGACUCCCAGAGCUGGGGGGCCAUCCGAGAGUUCAAGAUCUACCCCUAUGAGAUGCUGGCAGUGACUCAUAAGGUGAAAGUGAAGCUUCCCAGAGACGUGGAUCGCACCAGGCUGGAGAGACAUUUGUCCCCAGAUGAGUUCCAGCAGGUGUUUGGAAUGACGCUGGAGCAGUUUGACCGGCUGGCUCUGUGGAAGAAGAAUGACAUGAAGAAGAAGGCUCGUCUGUUUUAGAUCCAGUUUAAGCCAGGUCUAAGCUUUAAUCCAGAAGGAAGCAGAACUGAAAGUCUGCAACAUCUAUAUGCACCAGUUGGACAUUUGAAAAUGCCGCCUGUUCUUCUCCAUGAUCUCACCUGGAUGGGGGGGUAGUGUUUGCAUGGUCUGUGUUUUUCUGGCCUCCUGUGAGGUCCAUCGUCCCCCUCAGUCCCCUCCUAACGCCGGCCGUCCUCCAGCUUCUCUGUGCUUCUGCUGGUUUGUGGUCUCCAGUCGGUCCAACCU